CGCACGCGAGUGCGCGCGGGCGGGGCGCCUGCGGGAGCGCGCCCGUCACAAGAUGGCGGCUGCCAUGCGAGCUUCCAGGGCAGUGUGUGCGCAGCGGGCGGCGACGCGGCCCGGGGGKCAGGCGCGGCGACGGCGCUAACCCAGGCUAGGCCCCUCUUCUUGGCCGCCACUUUCGCCUCCGCCGCCGAGCCUAAGAUGGAUCUUCCUGUGGGCCCCGGCGCGGCGGGGCCCAGCAACGUUCCGGCCUUCCUGACCAAGCUCUGGACCCUCGUGAGCGACCCGGACACCGACGCGCUCAUCUGCUGGAGCCCGAGUGGGAACAGCUUCCAUGUGUUUGACCAAGGCCAGUUCGCCAAGGAGGUGCUACCCAAGUACUUCAAGCACAACAACAUGGCCAGCUUCGUGCGGCAGCUCAACAUGUGGGCCUUCCCUCACUUGGCCCUCAGGAAGAGCUCUCCCACCCCUGUGUGUGCAGACGGCUUCCGGAAGGUGGUCCACAUCGAGCAGGGAGGCCUGGUUAAACCUGAGAGGGAUGACACUGAGUUCCAGCACCCAUGCUUCCUGCGUGGCCAGGAGCAGCUCCUGGAGAACAUCAAGAGGAAAGUGACCAGCGUAUCCACACUAAAGAGUGAAGACAUAAAGAUCCGCCAGGAUAGCGUCACCAAGCUACUGACAGAUGUGCAGCUGAUGAAGGGGAAGCAAGAGUGCAUGGACUCCAAGCUACUGGCCAUGAAGCACGAGAACGAAGCCCUGUGGCGAGAGGUGGCCAGCCUGCGGCAGAAGCAUGCCCAGCAGCAGAAAGUCGUCAACAAGCUCAUUCAGUUCCUGAUCUCGCUGGUGCAGUCCAACCGGAUCCUGGGGGUGAAGAGAAAAAUCCCGCUGAUGUUGAGCGACAGCAGCUCUGCACACUCGGUGCCCAAGUAUGGCCGGCAGUACUCCCUGGAGCAUGUGCAYGGUCCAGGCCCAUACUCGGCUCCAUCCCCAGCCUACAGCAGCUCCAGCCUCUAUACCCCAGACGUUGUUACCAGCUCUGGACCCAUAAUCUCCGACAUCACUGAGCUGGCUCCCGCCAGCCCUCUGGCCUCCCCAGGCAGGAGCAUAGAUGAGAGGCCCCUGUCCAGCAGUCCCCUGGURCGUGUCAAGGAAGAGCCCCCCAGUCCACCUCGGACCCCCCGGGUGGAGGAGGCGAGUCCCAGGCACCYGUCCUCUGUGGACACCCCCUUGUCCCCGACUGCCCUCAUCGACUCCAUCCUGCGGGAGAGCGAGCCUGCCCCCACCUCAGCCACAGCCCCCACUGAUGCCGAAGGCCGCGUCCCCUCGUCCCCACCCCGCUCAGCCCCCGAGAAGUGCCUCAGCGUAGCCUGUCUGGACAAUUUGGCUCGCGCUCCACAGAUGUCUGGGGUCGCCCGCCUCUUCCCCUGCCCCUCCUCUUCCUUUCUGCAUGGCCGAGUCCAGCCAGGGAAUGAGCUCAGUGACCAUUUGGAUGCCAUGGAUUCCAACCUGGAUAACCUGCAGACCAUGCUGACCAGCCAUGGCUUCAGUGUGGAUACCAGCGCCCUGCUGGACCUGUUCAGCCCCUCCGUGACCAUGCCCGACAUGAGCCUGCCUGACCUUGACAGCAGCCUGGCCAGCAUACAGGAGCUCCUGUCUCCCCAGGAGCCCUCCAGGUCUCUUGAGGCAGAAAACAAUGGCCCUGACUCAGGGAAGCAGCUGGUGCAGUACACAGCACAGCCUCUGUUCCUGCUGGACCCGGACGCCGUGGACACGGGGAGCAGUGAACUACCUGUGCUCUUUGAGCUGGGGGAGGGCUCCUACUUCUCCGAGGGAGACGACUACACAGAUGAUCCCACCAUUUCCCUGCUGACGGGCUCUGAGCCCCCCAAAGCCAAGGACCCUACUGUCUCCUAGAGAUGCCAAGAGGGACUGGGAGGGCCUGUGGCCUGCUUCCACCCUUAGGACAGGUUUGGGGGAGGCAGGACAGGCACACAGCCUCCACGGCCCCAGUGGGGGAAGAGGGGCUCAGGGCUGGACAGUGCCUCCAGUCCAGAGUGAGGGCCCUUGGGCCUGCACACCUGCUGCCUUCGCCCAGCCCCGCAUCCCCAUGGCUUGUUUGGGGCUUCACAGUCGCACUUGGACUGAUUCUGCAGGUUGUUCAUAGAAUUGUAUUUUGGAUUUUUACAUGAGGGUCCCCCUUUC